GACGCCGAUCUGGUACAUCGCUUGCGCCGCGACGCUGUCAUGGUAACAGGAACAGCAUCUCCAGGCACUCGACAGUCAGUGCAGGUAGCACGAGGUGAUCAAUGCAGCCGUGAUGCGACGGCCCCAUGGUCAACACAGGCCACGGGACCCAGCCGGACCCGUGGAUGCUAGAUCCGGAGCUGAGGUACCACAUCCAGCACUGCCCCUGUCCGUGUAACCACAUGGGAUAUGGAAAUUUCUUAGACUACCAGAUUCCCCCAUGCCCACGCCAACUGCCAGUCCAUCAAGAAACUUCAUUUAGUGCAGUGCCUAAUUAUGUUCAAAAUAAUUUCUACUACGACUACGAAUACAGCGCAUCUUUAGAAUCGUGCUCGUGCAGCACCGACAGUGAUUCGUCCCGAAGUUCAGUAUGCGGUCCUUGGUGCAUCUGCCUCGUGGUGUGCGUAAUAGUCGCAACGGUAGCGGCUGGUUUGAGCCUUCCUUUUGCCUUAACUCCUGAAAUGAAACCCCAAACGUUAGAGGAACGUCUAGAAGUAGUCCAUCGUUUAUUAAAGAGCGCCCCCCUAAUCGACGGCCACAAUGACCUGCCCUGGAACUUGCGCAAGUUCGUCCACAACAAACUGUCAACUCUCAAUCUCAGUGCCAUCGAGCAACAAGAACCGUGGUCCAAAAGCCGCUGGUCGCAGACGGACAUCCCCCGUCUCAAGCGCGGUCUGUUGGGGGCCCAGUUCUGGUCUGCUUACGUGCCUUGCAAAGCGCAGCAUCUCGAUGCCGUGCAAAUAACAUUGGAACAAAUCGACGUCGUCAAGCGGCUUGUUGACAUCAACUCGCAGCACUUUACUCUGGUGCGCAGCUCCAGCGAGCUGCUGGAGGUCCACCGCAAGGGCCAGAUCGCCUCGCUUAUUGGCGUGGAAGGAGGACACGCGCUGGGGAACUCCUUGGCGGUGCUCCGGACCUUCUACAACCUUGGCGCCAGGUACUUGACCAUCACGCACUCGUGCGACACGCCUUGGGCCCGCGGCGCCAACUCCCGCCAGCCCGAGGGCCUCACCUCGUUCGGCAAGAGCGUCAUCAAGGAGAUGAACCGCCUGGGUAUGAUAAUCGACCUCUCCCACACCUCCAUCGACACCGCCAAGGCGGCCAUCAACGCCUCGCACGCGCCCGUCAUCUUCUCGCACUCGAGCGCCUACUCCUUGUGCAACUCCUCGCGCAACGUGCCCGACGACGUCCUCAAGCUGGUGGCGCACAACGGCGGCAUCGUCAUGGUCAACUUCUACACGUACUUGGUGACGUGCAACGAGAACGCCUCGCUGCACGACGUCAUCAAACACAUCAAUCACAUCCGGAGCGUGGCGGGCAUCGAUCACGUCGGGAUAGGCGCCGGAUACGACGGCAUCAACAUGACUCCGGCAGGACUCGAGGACGUAUCGAGGUACCCUCAUCUCCUGGCGGAACUGCUUGCUGAUCCGGUUUGGACAGAAAGAGAUAUUUCCGCCUUGGCGGGACUCAAUUUUUUGCGAGUCUUUGAAAAGGUCGAGGAAAUUAGGGAUAAAUGGAAGUUGGCGGAAAUUUUGCCGACAGAAGAUACGGCGCCGUUUUUACAGUCGCAAUGCACUUCCAUUUAUUCCUGACCGUUGGUACCGUAAGAACCGACUUUAUGCAGGUUGGGCCAGAAAGAACAGUUUUUAACAAACAACCGUUGAUUUUUUGGAAAAGAUUUAUUCAGUCAAGAUUUAUAUUUUUCCCAAUUUUUUUCGUAGUAACAAAUAUACAGACUGUCAGCAUUAAGCAAUGGACUAAAAGACAUGCGAAGCUAACAGAUUAAAUAAAUUAAAUUGAAUGAAAUGAAUUAAAUUAUAUUAAUUACACAAGAAAAACACUGUACAAGGUUGGGCAAAAAUAUGUAACUAAGUGAUUUUUGCCUAAACUUUUCACUUUACGGAAAAAAUAUGAUUACAUUAUCAAGUUCGUGAGUUUUUUCUAAGGAUUUACAUUCGUUUUUAAGAUUACAUCUCAUUUUUGUCGAGAUCUUACUAAACUGGGCAAAAAAAUUUAUUAAAUUUUGUCAAAAAUUAUAUCACUGCACUCAUCUUGAGCGUUUUGGAAACUUUCUCAACAUGAGACGCAAAAUUUUGCCAAAAAAAUCACCAAAAAUUAAAAGGACUUUUAGUAAAGCCUAAAAAUGAAAUCAGCUUUUUUCCAAGCAAUUUGAUUCUUAAUUUUUAAAUAGCAGCAAUUUUUACAUUAUUCUUGUGGUUCAAUCUUCUAAGAUCUGAAAAUAAAGUUUUUCGCAAAAUUUUGACUGAAACGACAUGAUUUUGUUGUUGCUGUCUAAUUAUACAGGUACCCGACCUAACUUGACCUGAGCAACUCCUUGUUGGUGAUAUGGGACGUUCAAUAAAGUUUAAAAAUGAACUCACAUUUUUUUCUAAGCUAUAUUUUAAAUUGGUGAGGUUUUUUAACAGAUCAGUUUAUAAAAGCAAGCCAUUAUUUCACAAAUAUCAUGAGUUUAAGCACCUUUAUUUAGAACUAAAGAAAAUCGCUAUAUCUUGAUCUAAAAAAUAAUGCAAUUAAGUCAAAAAUAACGUUGUUUCCUCAUUUUUGUAUAAUAUUACUACGUUUUUGAACAAAAAGACCAUCAUUUAACAAAAAUAAAUAACAAAUAAUAAAAAUAUAAAAGUAAAAUUUGCUGAAAUUUUCAAAUAUGGUGUUAUUCGAUCUUGCUUUUUUGAAGCUCAUUUUCCAACUUCAAUUUUCGCGCAUAAAUUUCGUUAAAAGUUACCUAAAAAAUUGGUGGCAUUUUUUUCUUGCGCUUAAACACGUUUUUGUGCUAACAAAAUUAGAAGACACCAAAGUGAAUCAUCCAGAAAUGCAAUUACUUUAAGAAAUUUUGUAAAGAAAGACGAAAAAUCAUAAAAAUCAUAAAUCAACAAAUUAAUGUAUUUUUUUGUUUUCAUGAGAUUUUUGCUAAUCCGCCCUAAAAAAUUACGAAAUUUGGUUAAAAAGCACUUUUUUGCACUUAAAACUACAUAAUAUUUAAUGAAAAUGAAAAUUUUUAUGAAAAUCUAUAUUUUAUAUUUUGUAAUUUGUUGGUCCAGGAUUUCAGAUCAUCUCCUCCUAUAUUAUAAAAUACAAUUUUGUGAUAUUUUUAUAUUAAAAUUACCAAAGGGUCCGGUCCAAAGGCAAUUUUUUUGGCAUUCUUUAAUAACAAUAAUCUUUAAAAUUCCUCCAGCACGUUUUAAAUCAAUAAAAAAAUAAUAAAUUAAUUAAAUUAAUGAAUUUUCACUUAGUUAUUUACUUUAUAAUCUGUGCAUUCGAUUAACAAUUCGAACGAAACGAACAGAACAUAAAAAAUAAACAUUUAAUUUAAUAAAAUAUUAUUUUUUAUCCUGAAUUGGCAAAAAAAAACGAUUAUUAUUACAAGCGAAGAUAAAAUAUUUUUUUUAAUAUUCGUAACCAUCUAAACUUGUUUACAUAGAUUGUAAAACUUCCGGUUAAUUCCUACUUUCGGUAAUCCAGACCGGAUCUAAACCUACCAUGUCCGGAUUAGCGCGGCUCUGUGUUAUAUUAAAUUUAAAAAUUGAACUGAAUUAUGCCACAGUUUCAGUUAAAUUUAAAGUAUCUUGAAUCUUGCGGGAUGAUAGGAAAAAAGCCACCCAGCACAUGAGUCUUGAAAAAAUUGUAAAGUAAAAUUGUUGAGAACUAUAUUUCUGGGACAGCCUCCAUAAAGCGGUUCAGUGUGAGACUUCAAAUAAUUAAAAUUUCUGUGCAGGACGUGGUUAUCCACUUCCUUGGGUAUCCAAAUUCCGCGCCUAUUUUAUUAGAACUGUUAUUUACCAAAGUCGAUGCCGCGUAUUUUAAUAUUACGUACAAUGCGUGACAUAAUUAAUGACACAUUUGCGGUUCGGAAAGAGUCACUUGUAGACAAUUCCCCUAGUUUGAAAGGAACUAUAAAUAGUUAAUCAAUAUGGAAAUGGAUGCGGAACAUGCUUGACAGACCGCGAGAAUUCUGUUCAAGGCGAUUUUAACACUGUGUCAUUAAUUGUCUCAUGCAUGUGCGGAUUUUAUCUAUAUUUUAUAAUUAUUAUUGUAAAUCGCAACACUGCCAUUAAAUUAUCAAUGCAUACGAUAUUGUAUUAUAAAAUUUACAAUGUUUACAAUAUUUUUUACAUAAUUUUCAAUUGUUUUGUAAACACGGAAAAAUUUUGGCAGAAACAUGAUAGUGAAUUUUAAUAUUUACCUAAUGACUAUCGAGUACCUAUCAAAUAGAAUGAUAAUAAAUAACUGAAUAAAAAUAAAUAUUGUUAAAAGCACAAAUCUUUUAAAAUAAAAUAGAUAGAUAUUUAUAGAGAGUAUGCAUUGCAUGGAUUAAAACAUAGUUAUAUACCCCAUAAAUAGAGAGUAAAUUUUAUUGUCUAUUUUACUUAAACAAAUCGAUAUAUGAACUGAAAGUUGACACCUAAUAGUGAAAACAAUAAGAAGAAGACGAGGGAAUCGAUACAUUCCGUUAGAAUAUAUUUGAAAGUUUCAAUAAAACAUCUUCGAGAUAAUACUGACUUGUUCGCCUGAUGUAUUACUUUUUUAGGCAUUGCAGACAUUUAUUAGAACGAUGUAAUUUUGUUCAAAGGCAAUUAUAGUCAUGACAAAUAGCACAAUUUUAUUUCUAGGUACUUAACAAAUUUUAUAGAACUGUAGAAGCAUUUAAAUGGAACGACAUUCCAUAAAAUAAAAAUAUUAUUCUUUCCGUUACGAGUUUUAUUAGCCAUGUGAUUGGAUCCAAACAUUUAUGCUAAAAUCGACAGCACUUGGAAAAUUUGGGCCACCUCACAAAUUACGAGAACAAAGUAUUUUAUGUCCUGAAAGUAGUUCAAGUGUUCUCCACUUAUUUAAGAAAUAUUCCCUUUUUUAUUGUUCGUGUCGCUUCUUGAUUACAGAGAAUAAGACGUGUCCUGUUAUUUUAUGGAAAAAUAAAAAAAUUGUGUUUUAUUUUCGACAUCUCCAUUUUUAUGUUUGCGGUUUCCCUGUAGGCCCCAUUUUUUAUUCGCUUUGCCGUAAAUGCAAGCAUAACUUUCAUGGCAUCGUAACGUUUUGAGUUUCGCCAGUUUUUGUAUGUCUACAAAAUAGGUACGAAUGUUUACAAUAUGGUGUAACAUGCAGUGACAUUUUUUAUUGAAAUAAAUGCUAUACAUUC